AGUCGCUCCUGAUCCUCGAUGGCUCAUAAAGAAUGAAUCAGGUAUUGAUCCGGAUUGGUUUCUGCGUACAAAGAGAGAAAGUAGUGCAGCAGUUAGAAGUGUCCCCGCUCACUCCGCCGCCUCCUGCCUCUCAUCUGAUUAGUGUGCAUGUGCCGGGGACCGCGGAGGCUGCGGCUCGGGGACGAGCACCGGGAUCUGAGGCGCUCCACCGGGGCUCAGUCCGUGGAAGGGAGGGAUCGGCCGGAGCUUUCUCUCUGAGUGCCCGGGGAGCAGCAGCAGCAGCCGGGGGAUGCGAGCGGCCACAGACGGAGAGAGGAGCGGACGCAUGGGCUGGACGGACCCAUGUUCAAAUGGCUGAUCUGGAACUGUUUAAGUUUGAUGGACCGGCUCCGAGAGACGCGUCCCUGGGGUUGAGUUAUAAGCAACGUGUCCUGGAGGUCUGCAGCACCGGAGGAGAGACGCUCGAUCCCGGCGGAGGAGAGGGUCCAUGGACAGGGCUCCGGAGCGCGGCGCGUCCGGAGGAGGAAACAGAAACAUCCUUCACCUGCAGACACGGAGGGGAUGGAGACUCUGUCCAGCUGAGAGGGACUCAAACCUGCAACCACACUCACUGCUCCUCACUGUACGAGGAGGAGGAGGUGAUGGAGGAGGAGGAGGAGGAGGAGGAGGAGGAGGAGGAGGAGGAGGAAGAGGAGGACAUCCCGGAACUUUUCUUGCUGUCCGACGACGACCUCUCCUCCUCCGACGGCUCGGGGAAGUCGGUGGAUUACGGCUUCAUCAUCGCCGUCACCUGCCUGGUGACCGGCAUCUCUCUGGUCGCCAUCUCUUACACGGUGCCCAGGGACGUGCGCGUGGACCCGGACAGCGUGUCCGCCCGGGAGAUGGAGCGCCUGGAGCGGGAGAAAGCCCGGGUCGGGGCCCACCUGGACCGCUGCGUCAUAGCGGGACUGUGCCUGCUCACGCUCGGGGGCGUGCUGCUCUCCAGCCUGCUCAUGGUCUCCAUGUGGAAGGGGGAGAUGAUGCGGAGGAAAGCCUUCGCCUACUCCAAACACGCGGCCAACUUGUACGGAUCCAUGAGCUUGAGAGCAGCCUCCGGGCUGGAGGACUCCUGCUCGCACCUGUCGGCGGCGGAUGAGGAUCUGGAGGCGCUCAGCUGACUUCAUGGACCGGGCAGGAGGUGAAGACUCUGGAGCCUCACUUGUGCUGCCCCAUCAUCCGGGGAGGAGGAGGAGGUUCACGGUCUUUUUACAGCUGGGGAAACUUUUUGUCUGACUGGUCCAGAUCUCAUGGGUUCACAUUUUUUUCAAGUCUGUCUUAUCACAGCCCUCAGAUGCUUUUAUGAGUUGGAGGUUGUUGGAAUUGUUCCUGUCUGUGCAGAGACAAGAUAAAAUAAGAUAAGACAAGAUGAGACUUUAUUAAUCCUAACUUUAUCAGUGUGUAUAACUUUAGCGCCUAAUAGAAAUCCAGAAAUGGGAAUGAAAUGAGUAUAAUGCUAAACAUAAGUAAUGAUGGCAGUAAUGAUAAUAGGAGUAAAUAGUAUUGAAUAUUGCAAAUAACUGUAAUAUUACACUCAUUGUAUCAGAGAUUCUUACAUGUGAGGGAAUAAGGAGCCAAACCCCUGCACAGAUGUUUCCUCACCCCCAGAUGUGAUUUCACGUCCCUGGUUAUCUUGUCACUGAUCACUUUUUCCUCCGCAGCAGAUCCUGCAGCUUUGGCAUCUUUGUUUUGUUCUCAUUCAAAUGAAUCUCUUUUUUUUCCUGUAGAACUAAAUUGGUCUGAGUGAGGCCUCGAACCUCAAAUCUCAAAUCUGACACGGUUGAAAUAGACCUCCCUCCUCAUGUUGACGUCUCUCCUCCACACACUGAUAUAACAACAAUCUGCUUUAUUUACUUAAGACAUUGUAAUUGGUCUGUGUUUAUAUCGAUUAUCGUCAUCCAUGUGCAGCACUUUCACUGUCAGCGGCCAUUUGGGGUUCAGUGUCUUGCCCAAGGACACUUCGGUACGUGGAAUGGGAAUCGAACAACCGACCCCCUUGUUGGAGGACUGUUACUUGUUACUCAGAUUUUUUCCAUAUGUGCUAAAACUUCAUUUGCUAUUAAAACCCACUUAAUUUUU